AAAUAAUAUUUACUGUUCAUUGUACGAUCGUAACUCAUAAUUAUUCAAAAAAUUCUUUUAUACAAAGAAAGUUACUUAGCGUUGAACACGGCAAAUAUACGAUCGUAUAUGAGCGUCGUUUACGAUGGUCGUAUGGAACGGUCGUUUACGACUACCGGAUAGCACCGUAUUGCAUCGUAUACGACCAUCGUAAUUCGUCGUAUUUUGUUUGUAUACGACCGUUUACGCUCGUGCUUUUUCAACCUGGGCUAUUAAGAGCCAGCAGGUUCCGAAGAUUCAAGAUCUACGUUUUCUUGGUUCGUUUAUGAUGAACAUUUUUCGAAAUAUUGUUAAAUAAGAAAGACCAAUACUGUAUAAAAUGCAUGAUGCACCCAAAUCCUCUGUUGUGUUCUAAAAUGAUAGCUGAAAAAGAAUGACAAAGAGAAAAGAGAAGAGAAGAAACACGUAAGGAAGAAUGUAUUUGUACAUAUAGAUUGUGGAUCACUUGAAUAUUUUCCAAGAGAGAAAAAUAAGUAUAGAAUUAUCGAAAAAGAAGGAAAGAAAGAAUAUUUGUCAGUAUAAAAGAAGACAAGUGAAAAAUAUAAUCGCACUAGGCGUUUAAAUUCACUAAGCUUAGCACAUUCUUCUCUUACUACCAUAUGUUGUAUUAUAAGAAUGUGUUUAGAUGUUUCUCAAAUCUUUCUUUUUUGUAGAUGUAUAGAAACCAAUGGCUUUUUGACAGCAGCUGCAAAGCAUGCAUAUGUAAGUAAAUAAAUGAAAUAUAUCUAGUCUUCUUUUAUAAAAUUUUUUGCAUUCAGACUGACAUUCAAUCACGAUUUAUUGAUAUUAUUAAUGUGUUAUGGAUUUACACAUUAGGCUUUUAUGUCGACAGUCAUCAUAUUAUUCAAGAUUUUAUUAUAGCUGGUAUUGCUACAUUUAAUCAAAGUCGAAAUUUUUGGUCAGCAAUGCUAUUGUUGUUAACUGGUCUUAUCAUGGGGUUAUUCAUUGACGACCUACUGUUAUAUUAUCGUAAGCUAUUUAAAUUUUUUAUAUGUCAUUUUAUUCUGAUACAUAGAGUGAUGUUCACAGACAAGAUAAAUCCUGUUGGUAUAUUAUAAAUUAUUACAGGAUAUAUAACCAAUAGACCAUCAAGAAAAUCAAUGAUGCGGUAAAUAUAUUUAAUUUACAUUUGCUUUUUUCUUGAAUUCUUUUUUUUUUAUAGAAUUCAUAAAAGAAAUACAAAUGAAGAAUUCUUCGAUGUUCAUGGUGUGAUGACAGCAUUAGUUUAUUUUUGUAUGAUAAUAAUAUUUUUUGCUUUUUUUCAUUAUGUAAGAUUAUAUUUGAAUCCGAACUUUUUCAUUACAUUUCAUUUUAGGUGUAUCCAAAUUAUUUACAGAUACGUGCUGCAUCUCGUGAACUACCCUGGUCGUACGAUACGGUUCGUAUAAGGCCAUUUACGGUUACUUUACGACGCAUCAACGGACCGUAUACGGUCGUAAUUUCAGACGCAGAAACAGGGUCAUAUCAUAAUGAGAUUACGAGUAAAUACUGCCGUUUACGUGCUAUUUCUGACCCUAAACGGCCGUAUUCGGUAAAGUUACGGUGACAAUACGGAUAGCCGUAUCGACUGACCUAGGUAAGAUCAAAAGUUUCGAAAGUAAGAAGAAUAACAUAUUUUGCAGGUUAUCGCUGGGAAAUGUACCCUAUUUGUCAAGAAGAAUUUGGUAUUGAUGAUCGAUUAUACCUAUUCCCAUGUAGUCAUGGUUGAUUUCUUAACUAUGAUAUCACAUAUUCUUUUCUUACCAAUCGAUAUGUUUUCUUUUAGCUUUUCAUGUAAAGUGCGCUAAUCUUUCGCUAUUUUCUAGUGACUAUGCAUGUGCUCUAUGUCGAUGUAAGAUAUUUUUGACUUCUUAUGCACCGGAUGAAGAAAGUUAUGGUGUUACAACUACAGAACAAACAUCAUUAUUACAAUCAGCUGAUGACGGUGACAAUUCAGUCAUAGAUUCCACGAGAGAUCAUCAAAUAGAAUGUCAAAUAACUCAUUCAAUAGGUGUUAGUGUUUCUGAUUAUACUCACCCUAUUAGUGAACCCUCUGGCUCUGCUGAUAGUGAAAAUGUAUCUAUAUUAUCAACACAGUUAACAGUAAAUCGUAUAACUACGACUGAUCUUGUAUUCGAUCAGCCGCAAAUAAAUUCUCAACGUUAUCCUCAUCCACAAGUACCACAUAUUGUUUUACGUGAAUCAAGUCCUGAAGAAAAAGAUAAUAAUAUAAUAACAACUACAUCAUAUGGAAGUUUCUAUGAUUCUCCAUCAGGAUCAUUUACAACACCCCAUGCUGCUAAUUCUCUUGAUGAUUCACUUGAUGGUACACAUGAUGAUACAAAUAUAGCAGCACGUUCUGUUAUAGAAGGUGUUAGUCACAUGAAAACAGAUGAUAAUGUUGAUGAUCAAUUAUAUUCACCUGAUCAUAUAUAUUAUAUUAAUAAAAAAUAUAUUAGUAUUGAUCAAUUAUUAAAAGAUACAUCAACAAUAGUUAAUUAUUUUAUGGAUUUAUUAAAACCAAGUGAUAAUAAAUUAGCUAUGAAAUUAUUUGGUAGUAGAAACGGUGUACUUAAAGAACGUUUAAGACAACAAAGAUCUGGUCAUUGUAUUAUACAUCCAUGUUCUAAUUUUCGUUUUUAUUGGGAUUUAGUUAUGUUAAUAUUAUUAAUAACAAAUGUUAUUGUAUUACCAGUAGCUAUUGUUUUUUUUAUUGAAGAUAUUAAUUCAGCAAAAUGGAUUACAUUUAAUGUUGUUUCUGAUGCUUUUUUUCUUUUUGAUAUUGUUGUUAAUUUUCGAACAGGUGUAUUAAGAAAUGAUUAUAUUGAUGAAAUAAUUCUUGAACCACGUUUAAUAGCAAUUCAUUAUAUUAAAACUUGGUUUAUUAUUGAUUUACUUAGUUCAUUACCAAUAGAUUAUUUAUUUUUAUUUUUUGAUAGUGGAUAUCAUUCAGGUGGUUAUACUAUAGCUCGAACUGGUAGAGCUAUUAAAGUUCUUAGACUUGUUAAAUUAUUAUCAUUAUUAAGAUUACUUAGAUUAUCACGUCUUGUUAGAUAUAUUCAUCAAUGGCAAGAAUUUUUAUCAAUAGCAAGUAUGGUUAUGCGUAUACUUAAUUUAAUAGCAUUAAUUAUAUUAUUAGCACAUUGGAACGGAUGUUUACAAUUUAUGAUACCAAUGUUUCAAAAUUUUCCAUCUGAUUGUUGGGUUGCAUUAAAUGGUCUUCAAAAUGCACCAUGGACAGAACAAUAUACAGUUGCUUUAUUUAAAGCAUUAUCACAUAUGUUAUGUAUUGGUUAUGGACGUUAUCCACCUCAAUCUUAUGUUGAUAUGUGGUUAACUAUGCUUUCAAUGAUUAUUGGAGCAAUGGGUUAUGCUGUUACAAUAGGACAUGUAUCAGCACUUGUUCAAAGUUUUGAUACAUCAAGACGUUUAUAUAAUGAAAAAUUUAAACAAGUUGAAGAAUAUAUGGCAUGGAGAAAAUUACCACGAGAAAUGCGUAAUAGAAUAUCAGAUUAUUAUGAACAUCGUUAUCAAGGAAAAAUAUUUCAUGAAGAUAAUAUAUUAAAUGAACUUUCUGAAAGAUUAAGAUUGGAUGUUAUUAAUUAUAAUUGUCGUAGUCUUGUAUCAUCAGUACCUUAUUUUGCUAAUGCUGAUCCAAAUUUUGUUUCUGAUGUUGUUACAAAAUUACAUUUUGAAGUAUUUCAACCAGGUGAUCAAAUAAUUAAUGAAGGGACAAUUGGAAAUAAAAUGUAUUUUAUUCAAGAAGGUAUUGUUGAUAUAAUUAAAUCAGAUGGACAAGUUUUAACAAGAUUAUCUGAUGGAUCUUAUUUUGGAGGUUUUGUUUUGUUUUAUUUUUAUUUUUAUUUAAAUUUAUUUAAACAGCAAAAGAAAAAAAUAUUAUUUAUUUUAGAAAUAUGUUUAUUAACACGAGCUAAACGUGUAGCAAGUGUUCGUUGUGUAACAUAUUGUAAUUUAUAUUCAUUAGAUUCAAGUCAAUUUGAAAGUGUUCUUGAAUCAUAUCCAUUAAUGAGAAGAACAAUGGAAUCAGUUGCUGCUGAAAGACUUAAUAAAUUAGGAAAAAAUCCAUCAAUUAUAUCAACAAGAUAUGAUUUAAAACAUGAUGCAGCUGCAUUAAAAGAUAUGAUUGAUCGUGUAACACCUCAAUCAUCAAGUGAUGAAUCUUCUCAAACGGAUUCAUCAUCAAUAUUAUCAAAUCAACAUAAAAAAAGUGAUUUUAAAUCAUCAUUAUCAUAUUUACAUGAAGAAUUUAAAAAAUCAUUUAUUGAAAAACGUUCAAAUAGAAAUCGAAGAAAAAAUUCUUUAGAAAUUAAAAAAAUAAAAAAUCUUUCAAGAAGUUAUUUAUCGGUACCAAAGUCGAAUUCAAUUGAAAAUCAAAUUAAAAAAUCUCUGUCCACACCUUUUUCUUCUUUACAUUAA